CGCUUAAUGAUUCAAAUUUAAUGCCUUCAAUUGACUCAAAACGGUUUCCCCGGAGCGGUCGUUUGAGCUUGCUGAAUAUCCAGAAGUCACACGGUGCUAAAUCAGUCGAAUACGCUGGUUGCAGCAGGAUAUAAUGGUUGAAAAUUUGGCGAAAAACUCACGAAGAAUCAAUGCAGUAUGCGACGGUGCAUUGUCGUGCUGUAAAAGCCAAGAGUUGUCACCCCAGAAUUUCGGGCUCUUUUAAGGAAUAGUUUCGCACAAACGACGCAUAACACUCAAAUAGURUUUCCUGUUAACAGUUUGRCCGGUCCGAAGGAAUUCCGAGUGCACCACACCUCGAUAAUCGAAGCCAACUGUCAACAUAACCUUGAUUUUUGCCUGCUUUGACRUGGUUUUUCCGCCUUCAGCUMAACUUURACACGACAUUCAGCUGAUUGAUUGUCUGUUUCCGGGUCAUGAGCAUAUAUUCAAGACUCGUCACCAGUAAUAUGUUUCAUGACAUCCUGGCAGUUGGAAAGCAUGGGCACGUUUUUAGCGAGGUUCUUUUUACAAUUGACCGAUAAAGCAAUUAUUAUUACAGUUGGCAAAGCAAUAUUAACAACUGUUCGACCUUUAUUAAAUAUCGCGCGUCACUAGUUCCAUAAAAGCUGCAAAUCAACAAGUAAGCRCCCCAUGAGAAUACCGGGCCUGGGAGGAAAUGUCCUUGAUCACCCCCAUCUUCGGUCACUGGUUGUACUUAACAGUAACUUGCAGAAGAACUGCUCUCGGUUAAUUGGUUUGUGCGGAUGCGAAUUUCGAAACAACAUAAGAAAAGGAAAUUUCGUGUACAUUAUAAAGUGAUCGUUAAGGAAGGAAACAAUAGAAAGAACUAAGAACGCAAACAUUGAAAUUGAUGCCCUUCUUCAAUGCAGUUUUUGUUUACUUUACCUUCGUACAAGAUCCACGCGGCGAACUCUGGACAACAGUUCUGAAAUGUCUGCCGAUUGUGAUGUUAAUUUUGUAUGUUGUGGUCAAAGGAUUCGCCUUUACGCCUGCUUAUAAAUACUCUCAGCGCAUACUGCUCGGCUUAGUUUGCUCAUGCGUCGGCGAUGCRUUGCUCAAUAUUAAUCUCUUCCUGGAAGGCAUGGGUGCAUUUGCUAUCGGUCAUAUCUGGUACAUAUCAGCGUUUGGUUGGAAACCUUUGAGACUGCCAAUCGGUGUGGCAUUGUACAUUUGCGGUGCUUUGGCUAUUUCGUUGGCUUUCACCCGUCUGGACGGUGUGCUGGCUAUUGGCGUUCCUAUUUAUACUGCCCUUUUAGCGACCACUUGUUGGCGUGCCGUUGCUCGCGCUCUCCAAAACUCCAGCUUCAUAAAUAACUUCUGUGCUGUGGGUACAGUACUGUUUCUCCUAUCCGAUUCAGUUAUUGGCAUUCAUAUGUUCUUGACACCAGUGCCGUAUUCAAGAAUUAUCAUUAUGUCCACGUAUUACACUGCUCAAUUCGCCAUUGCCUUCAGCACUGCCAACGACAGCCCAGGGCCUUGCAGGCAUAUGGGGAAUAGCGAAUCGACGCAUAAAGGUCAACGCGUCAAAACAAAAGACUGAUCAGUUACCGAGCAAUUUACGCUCCAUUAAAAGUGUCGCUCAAGUUGCGAAGCAAUAACAUUUUCAUAAGCAAAAAACUGCGUUGCCUACGCCGAACAGUCACCACCAACAAAACAACAAAUACGAAACGAACUAAAAUGCCCUAAAAACUUCCAUUGUACCUUUAAUGUCUGGAGAUUUUCGUGCGGGAAACGAGUUACUUUAGCAUAUACUACAAACACAUACAUACAUAUGUAUAUGCAUUUCGGAAGUACAUACAUAUAUAAUACAUAUAUAAACAUGCAUUGAUCUAUUUACUAUCGACAAGUAUUUAUAUAUAGCAUAUUACAUAGUAUAUACAUAUUUACUUAUUUAAUC